AUGAACAAUAUAACAAAUGCUCAAAUAUGCACGCCAGAUGUAUGCAAUAAGCAUGGUACAUGUAUUCCGAAUACUUCUAGUUCAUUUAUUUGUCAAUGUGAUUCGGGUUUUGUCGGAUCGACAUGUGAUCAAGAAUUAGAUGAAUGCGCAUCGCACCCCUGCGCAAACAAUGGUACUUGUAUUGACUUAGAAAAUGGUUUUCUUUGUCAUUGUUUACAUGAAUGGAAUGGUACUUUAUGUACAGAACUUAAGAAUCCAUGUCAAUCAUCUCCAUGUGGUCCGCUUGGUAAAUGUAUUCAAACAAAUCAAGUACAAUUACCAUAUUAUUGUGAAUGUCCAGAUGGACAAAAUACAGUGUUUAAAUGUGCCGACCCAAAUCCAUGUCUACCAAAUCCAUGUGGUCCUGGAGAUUGUGAAAUUACUGCAAAUUUACUCAAUGGAUACAUUUGUCGAUGUCAUGAUGGUACCAUUCAAAUGACGAAUUGUUCAACACCAAAAAAUCCUUGUGCAACAUUACCUUGUGGAACACAAGGACGCUGUUUAACUCUAACAGCAGCUCCAAAAGGUUAUAUGUGCAUGUGUCAAAGCGAUGGUAUUACUUUUACAACUAUUGAUACAUGUCCAACUACGAAUUCAAUUUGUACCCAUUUGACGUGCAAGAAUGGAGGCACUUGUAUACCAUAUUCAGUUAAUGAAGCAUCAUGUAGUAUUGGACAAAUUGGUUCUACUUGUUGUCAAUGUCCACCUAAUUAUACAGGUCUACGAUGUGAACGAGAAAUUGAUUUUUGUUCAUCAAAUCCAUGUAAAACAAAUGGACGUUGUCUAUCAGGUAAAUCUGGAUAUCGAUGUCAAUGUUAUGAAGGAUUUACCGGUGAAAAUUGUGAAGUUCGAAUUACACGAUCAGGUUGUUUAUCAAAUCCUUGUACAGUUGGUAUUUGUUAUCAAUUACAUCAAAAUGGAGCUUCUUACGUUUGUAUUUGUCCAGAUGGUACACUCAGUCUAUCGUGCAAUUCAACUAAUUCAACUCGAAAUCUCUAUGCAUUACCAACAAUACCAUCACCGACAACAACUCCAAUAGUUUCAUUAAUGUUUGGUAAUAGUGGAAAAUAUGGUUCAGAAACAAAUGGUAAUAUUGUUCCAUCUAUAUCAACAUGUAGUCCAUUAUCAAGAAAUGUAUGUAAUGGUGGUCAAUGUAUAUUAGUUGGUGGAACAACUUAUGGAUGCCGAUGUCGAGAAGGUUAUACAGGAGUUUAUUGUGAAAAUAAUAUAAAUGAAUGUGCUUCAAAUCCUUGUUUGGGAGGUGGUACAUGUUAUGAUCUUAUUAAUGCAUAUGCAUGUUUUUGUCCUGAUCGAGUUUUUCGACCACAAUGUAAUACAACCGGUGUAUCAUCAACUGUUACAGGUUCUUCAGUUUUAAUGAGUAGUAGUAAUCAUAAAAUAUCAAGUAGUCAAGGAGAUAAAUCAUUACAUUAUACUUGCCAUUGUCGUCAUGGUGGUUUAUGCUAUACAAGUACAACUGGUGCAAAACUUUGUCAAUGUCUCAAUGGAUUUACUGGACCAUUGUGUGAAAUAUCAAUUUCUUCGGGUAUAAGUCGUGGUCAAAGUGUAUGUAGUCAGUCGAUAUGUCAAAAUAGUGGAACAUGUCAAGAACAAGGAGGUACUCCUAUUUGUAUUUGUAAACCAGGUUUUACUGGUCAACGAUGCGAAUCUGAAUAUUUUCGUUGCCAAGCUAAUGGUCGUUUUUCUGAUGUAUCAAGUUGUAAACAAGGUCGAUAUUUUGAAUGUGUAUAUUUUGGACAAUAUGAUUUGGGUUUGCCCAAUGGAGUUCUUUAUAGUCGUAGUUGUCCGCCUGGUCUUUGGUUUAAUGCAUUGAAUGAUCAAUGUGAUUAUCCAACUGGUGCAAUUAGUCAAGAAGUUGAUAGUGGUAAAACUGGUUAUCAUCCAUUGAGUGAAGGUGAUAUUGCUAAAUUGAAUAACGCACUAGAAAAUAAACGACCAGAUUUUAUGGAUAAUCCUUCGUUAGAACGAUAUGAAUCAUUACAUAUUCUUGGAAAACUAUAUCGUGCUUCAAAGAAAACAUUACCUGGAUGGAAUCGACUUCUUCGAUAUCAUCAUCAUUUACGACAUUUACAAGUUCGAACACGAGAUGAACCUGAAAAGGAAGACAAUGAAAAAGAAC